AUGAGGAUUGCAGGCUCUCGAGAUCAAGAAGGGCCCGCAAGAGCAAAAUUCAUUAUCUAUCAAGUUCAGUUUGCAGGUCACGCCAUCAAGGAGUUGACGCUACGGACCUAUGUUCUGACCUUGGUGGUCGAAGAUGAUCUGAUGAUCAAUACUUUCACGACGGCUGAGAAUCUAUUCUAUUGUGGAUAUGGGGACUACCUCCAAUUGUGGAACUUUGUGAACGAUACCUAUGCUCGAGGGCACAUUCCCGAUAAAGAACACGAAGACAUCCUUAUUACCAACGAGCAUGUUGUCAUCAUCACCAAGAAGAGCAUUUCCUUGGAAUCUAUACCCCGGGAUAAUGCGCCAGGGAAACCACCUUGGCUUCUUGAACCCAGCUUCGUCAUUUCGCUUAUCUUCGGGGAAGAGAACCCUCAUCUAGAGCUGUACUCUGAGCGGCUUCAAGACUGGUAUAAUUCAAGUCAUAUGCUCACCAUGCUUGAUGUAGUGUUCGGUGACCCCGAAAGAGAAGAGUACACCAUUUCCACCUUCGCCGUCACUCUUCCGACAAGUAAUAGCCCUGGAUCUAUUGUGCUGAGGGAUUCCAAGGAGCGUACAGGACAAAACGUCAAAGACUGUGCAGCUGCAGAUACCAGUGCUUGUAAUGGUUACAUCCUCAAAGGGCGGCGCGAAGAUCCAAGCAUAUAUAACAAUUCCCUUGUUCCUGCCAACUGUGCAGCAACUGGGCUGCAUGAUUUAUAUGUCGCGGUGCCGAUGGACGAAUCAUCCUAUCUAGAAAAUGGCAUCGAGAAAAACGCCUUCGACCCUACUUCGCGACGUUUAUGUUUCGGGAAGGAUGAAGAGACACUAUUUUGGACUACCUAA